AUGAUAAGGGAAGUGGAUAGGGUGGAGGAAGUGGAUAAGGUGAAGGAAGCAGAUGGAGUGAAGGAAGCAGAUGGAGUGAAGGAAGCAGAUGAAGUGAAGAAACUAGAUGAAGUGAAGGAGAAACCAAAAAAUCAGAUUCAGAAAGAAACCACCUCUGUAAAUUCUUCAAGAGCCAAUUGGUCGGCUUCUUAUAGCCCUCGGGAGAUCAAUAGUCCCCGAGAGAUCACUAUUGAUGAAAAUGACUAUGAUAGAUCGAUUAAAGAGGAAGUUAUUUAUGAUAUAGUGGAACGACCUCAAUUCAGAGAAACGAGAGCGUUGUUUAUUGGAAAUUUGAGAACAACCUUUGAAGAUACAGAGCUUCAAAACCUACUCAAUGAGGAAGCAGCUAAAGUAGGAUGUAUUAUUGAAAGAGCAUGGCUUAAUGAGAAGAGAUCUCAUUGUAUAGUGAUAGUCUCUGAAGUUUCUGGAGCAGUUUCUAUUCAGAAAGCGUUGAAUGGAAAGCUGUUCCCAAAGGAAGCCCAGGAGAGUGACAUGGGCCCACAGAAAGCACUUACAUUAUAUAUUGACUUUAUUCCAGUGAAGGCCACGCAGCUGUGGAUUGACCAGGAAUGUCGAGGACCUAAAGACGCUGUUUGGAAGGUGGAAUAUAUGAAGUUUCCUUCAAAGCAGGAGGAGGGAUCGGACUUCUUAGUCGCUUCGCAUCGGAUGCUUAACUACCCAAACCGUUCUCUGGGAUAUAAGUCAAGUAGUCGAGGAAGAUAUGGACGUGGGGGAUACAGAGGAGGAUAUAGAAGUGAGCAUAGGGGAGGGUAUAGGGGAGGAUAUAGAGGAGGAGAUAGAGGGGAAUACAGAAGUGGAUACAGAGAUGAUUAUAGAGAUGAUUAUAGAAAUGAUUAUUACCAAUCUCCAUCCAGGCAUCAUGAUUAUGGCAGACCGGAACCUGAUAGAUAUGACAGAUACGAGAGACCCGAUAGAUAUGAAAGAUACAACAGAUACCCAUCCAGACCUUAUAAAAGUCGAUAUGACGGUACGGAACAGAUAGAAGACCGAAAUUCACUGCGAGAAAGGUCUCCUGAGCGGACACCAGCACGGCCUCCAGCACGAGCUAAAGAGGCCGAAUCACCUGAAUGGUCCGAUUAA